AUGGUAAACGGUUUGAGAGAAUUACUCUUCACUUAUAUCGUAGGGUACGACGAGUAUCAUAGAUUCGUAAGGGGUAGACAGACCGAUAGGGAGCCAGAAAUUCCGCUUGCCAAUGCCGAGGAACAAACUGCCAAAUAUUGGAUGGACGAGGCGCAGGCGGGCAUCAGGGCACGGCUUACACGUUUGCGAAGCGGAGGCGGUGUUGCCCGCAACGUGGUGAUGUUCCUCGGCGACGGCAUGUCAGUGCCCACGCUGGCCGCGGCUCGCACCCUCCUCGGCCAACGCAGCAACCGUUCGGGCGAGGAGUCGCGGCUCUCUUUCGAGACCUUCCCCACUGUCGGUCUGGCAAAAACGUACUGUGUGGAUGCGCAAAUCGCGGACUCAGCUUGCACAGCGACGGCGUACCUGUGCGGCGUGAAGGCGAACCGUGGUACCAUUGGUGUGACGGCGGCCGUACCACGUGGUCAAUGCCUCGCCGCCACCGAACACGACCACCAACUGCAAUCGAUCGCUGCGUGGGCAUUGCAAGAUGGCAGGGACGCUGGUUUCGUGACCACAACGCGGGUGACCCACGCGUCACCAGCGGGCACCUACGCCCACACGGCGGCGAGAGACUGGGAGAGCGACGCGGACACUCGUAAGGACUGCAGGGAAGACUCCCAACCAGAUAUCGCCCAGCAACUAGUUCACGCGUACCCCGGCAACCAAUUCAAGGCGAGUACUCUUUUCCACUUAGGAAUACGU